UAGAUCUAUUGUGUUUAGUUUCUUUCUAGGAAAGAAAAUAUUAAGAAAACAAAGCAAUGAGUCCCUUUGUUCUUGUUCUUUUACUGUCUUGCUUCUUCUUAAAUGUCAGUAUGGCUCAUGAGAGAACAUUCUUUUCUGGCAACCUCAGUGAUACUGAGACCAUACUCUCCAGCUUAGGCACGUUCAGGUUCGGUUUCUUCAGCCCUGUUAACUCCACAAGUAGGUAUGCUGGUAUAUGGUAUAACAGCAUUCCUGUACAAACUGUGAUAUGGGUUGCUAACAAAGAUAAGCCGAUCAAUGACUCCUCUGGAGUUAUCUCUGUAUCUGAAGAUGGAAACCUCGUAGUCACGGAUGGUCACAGGCGUCUUCUAUGGUCAACUAACCUCUCUACUCAAGCUCCUGCCAAUUCUACAGUCCUCGCUGAGCUUCUGGAUUCAGGGAACCUCGUGAUGAAAGAUGCUAAUACCGAUGCAUAUCUUUGGGAGAGUUUCGAGUAUCCAACUGAUUCUUGGUUGCCAAAUAUGUUGGUUGGUACAAACGCAAGAACAGGAGGAGGGAACAUCACAAUAACUUCUUGGAAAACACCUUCAGAUCCUUCCCCUGGAAGCUACACUGCUGCAUUCGUUCUUGCUGCAUAUCCAGAGAUCCACAUUGUGAAGAACAACAAUGCUACCGUGUGGCGCAGUGGACCGUGGAAUGGUCAGAUGUUUAACGGUCUACCGGAUAAGUAUACAGGAGUCUUUCUCUAUAGAUUCAUAGUUAAUGAUGAUACUAAUGGAACAGUCACCAUGUCAUUUGCUAAUGAUUCAACGUUAAGACACUUCUACUUGGACUAUAAAGGAUCAGUGAUCAGGAGAGAUUGGAGUGAAGCUGAGAGAAACUGGACGGUCGGAGACCAAGUUCCAGCAACUGAAUGUGAUGUUUACAGAAGGUGUGGCCAGUUCGCUACUUGCAAUCCCCUGAAAACGCCUCCUUGUUCUUGCUUUAAAGGGUUUAGGCCAAGGAACACUGGAAACUCUAGUGGUGGAUGCAUAAGAAAGGCGCCUUUGCAGUGUGAAAGACAGAACAGUAAUGGGAGUGCUGCUGAUGGGUUUAUGAGGCUUAGACGAGUGAAACUGCCUGACUUUGCAAGAAGAUCGGAAGCUAGUGAACCAGAAUGCUUAAGGACUUGUUUGCAGACAUGUUCUUGUGUAGCUUUUGCUCAUGGUUUAGGUUAUGGUUGCAUGACUUGGAAUGUAAGCUUAGUUGAUUCACAGGAUCUAUCUGGUGGUGGAAUGGAUCUUUAUAUCCGUCUUGCACAUUCUGAAAAGCCGGACAGAAGGCCGGUUAUCAUCGGUACAUCAUUGGCAAGUGGUGUUUUUGUUGUGGCAGCUUGUGGUCUUUUAGUACAAAGGAUUGUCAAAAAGAGAAGAGGAAGAAAGAAAGGAACAGAAGCAGAGGAGAUAUUUGAGAGAGUAGAAGCUUUAGCUGGUGGGGGUAGUAAAGGAAAGAUGAAAGAGCUACCAUUGUUUGAGUUUCAAGUGUUAGCUGCAGCGACUGAUAAUUUCUCUCUGAGUAAUAAGCUCGGACAAGGAGGGUUUGGUCCUGUUUACAAAGGGAAGUUACAAGAAGGACAAGAGAUUGCAGUGAAGAGACUGUCACAAGCAUCUGGACAAGGCCUUGAGGAGCUUGUUAACGAAGUGGUUGUGAUUUCUAAGUUGCAACACAGGAACCUGGUGAAACUACUUGGUUGCUGCAUUGCAGGAGAAGAAAGGAUGUUAGUCUAUGAGUUCAUGCCAAACAAAAGCUUAGACUAUUAUCUAUUUGACCCAACUAAGGCAAAGCUUCUUGACUGGAAGACGAGGUUUGACAUUAUAAAUGGAAUAUGUAGAGGUCUUCUAUACCUUCACAGAGAUUCUAGGCUGAGAAUCAUUCACAGAGAUCUAAAAGCUAGCAACAUCUUGUUAGAUGAGAAUCUGAUUCCCAAAAUAUCUGACUUCGGGUUGGCUAAGAUUUUCUCAGGGAAUGAAGAUGAAGCAAAGACCCGUAGGGUCGUUGGAACAUACGGCUAUAUGUCACCGGAGUAUGCAAUGAGAGGACAGUUCUCAGAGAAGUCUGAUGUGUUCAGCUUAGGUGUGAUACUCUUAGAGUUUGUCAGUGGAAGAAGAAACUCAAGCUCGAGUCUUCUAGCUUGUGCAUGGUCAAUGUGGAAGGAAGGGGAGAUUAGUGGUCUUGUAGAUCCUGAGAUCUUUGACACAUUAUUUGAGAAAGAGAUAAGAAAAUGCGUUCACAUUGGACUUUUGUGUGUGCAAGAAGCUGCUAACCGUAGGCCAAGUGUUGCUACAGUAUGCUCGAUGCUCAGCAGCGAGGUUGCAGACAUUCCAGAACCAAGACAUCCUGCUUUUGUGUCGAGGAACGGUGUUUCAGAAGCUGAGUCCUCUGAAGCCUCUAACAACAAUGUCACUAUCACCGAUGUGUCCGGACGGUAGAACCCGCGGAAACAAACUGUAGGUUUCAUGCCACUUCUGUACUUCAUAGCUACAGUUUAAGAGCAAUAAUGUGGUUUGGAAGUAAUAAGUAACGGUCAGUAUCUCCAGUAGUCGUUGCGGAUUUCAUCAUCCAACUUCAUUUCAGUUUUCUGGUGAGACUCAAAAAACACAACCAUGUAAUAUAUGAGGUUACCUCCUUGUUGAUAUAAUCAAACUUUAUUAAACAAUUAAUUGGACAUUACUUAUGCUAAUCUCUUGGACAUGAACUAUUUCUUUCUCAAGCUAACUACACUGUAAUAA